UCUUCUCCUGGGCCUGGGCGUUCUUGCCACUCUGCCCCGUAGCAAGAGAUGCACGGUGCCCCCUUUGUGCCUAUCUGAACCGGCGUUAGGAAUGCCAGGUGUAAGGAAGAGAGACAGGAGGCUCAACUCAGUUUCCCCUCCCCAAGAGAGGCUGGGGAGUGAAGGGACAGGAAGAGCCGCAGGGAGGCAGCCUCCGGAGCUGGGGCCCAAGGAGGGGUCGCCUGGGACUGGGUCAGAGCUGGAGACCUCUGCGGGGUUCACAGAUCCGGAGCGGAGCAGCCCCCCCAUGCUGUCUGCCGACGAUGCCGAGUACCCGCGGGAGUACCGGACCCUGGGGGGCGGGGGCGGGGGCGCCGGGGGCCGGCGCUUCUCCAACGUGGGCCUGGUGCACACGUCCGAGCGGCGGCACACCGUGAUCGCCGCGCAGAGCCUCGAGGCGCUCAGCGGGCUGCAAAAGGCGGAUGCCGAGCGCAAGCGCGACGCCUUCAUGGACCACCUGAAGAGCAAGUACCCGCAGCACGCGCUGGCCCUGCGUGGCCAGCAGGAUCGCAUGCGCGAGCAGGUUGGCGGCUGGACCGUGGACCCUGUGUGCCUCCUCAGCUCCCUCUGCUCCCACCUGCAUGGCGACUCCACGCCCUCUGGGGCUGGCCAGCCCGCCCAGCAGCCAAACUACUGGAGUUUCAAGACCCGCAGCUCGCGCCACACUCAGGGAGCCCAGCCCGGGCUGGCGGACCAGGCAGCCAAGCUGUCCUACGCCUCGGCUGAGUCACUGGAGACCAUGUCGGAGGCCGAGCUGCCCCUGGGCUUCAGCAGGAUGAACCGCUUCCGCCAGAGCCUGCCCCUCUCCCGCUCCGCCAGCCAGACCAAGCUGCGCUCGCCAGGGGUGCUGUUCCUGCAGUUCGGGGAGGAGACGCGGCGCGUGCACAUCACGCACGAGGUCAGCAGCCUGGACACGCUGCACGCCCUCAUCGCGCACAUGUUCCCGCAGAAGCUUACCAUGGGCAUGCUCAAGUCUCCCAACACCGCCAUCCUCAUCAAGGACGAGGCGCGCAACGUCUUCUACGAGCUGGAGGACGUUCGGGACAUCCAAGACCGCAGUAUUAUCAAGAUCUACAGGAAGGAGCCGCUAUAUGCUGCCUUCCCUGGAUCCCACCUCACCAACGGGGACCUCCGGAGGGAGAUGGUGUACGCGUCGCGGGAGUCGUCGCCCACGCGGCGUCUCAACAACCUGUCGCCCGCCCAGCACCUGGCGUCCAGCUCGCCGCCCCCGGGGCUGCCGUCUGGGUCGCCUUCGCGCUCGCGCCUGUCCUACGCCGCCGGGGGGCGCCCGCCCUCCUACGCCGGCAGCCCGGUGCACCACGCGGCAGAGCGGCUGGGAGGCGCCCCGGGGGCGGCGCCGUCUGGGGCGCAGGGCGUGAGCCCCAGCCCCAGCGCCAUCCUAGAGCGGCGCGACGUGAAGCCGGACGAGGACCUGGCCGGCAAGGCGGGCGGCAUGAUGCUGGUGAAGGGCGAGGGGCUGUACGCCGACCCCUACGGGCUGCUGCAUGAGGGCCGCCUGAGCCUGGCGGCUGCCGGCGAACCCUUCGCCUUCCCCGGCCCAGGAGGGCUGUACAAGCGCGGAUCGGUGCGCUCGCUCAGCACCUACUCUGCCGCUGCUCUGCAGUCCGACCUGGAGGACUCUCUCUACAAGGCAGCGGCCAGCGGCGGCGCGCUCUACGGGGACGGAUACGGCUUUCGCCUGCCGCCCUCGUCUCCACAGAAGCUGGCAGACGUGGGCGCGCCCCCCGGCGGACCUCCGCCACCCCACAGCCCCUACUCAGGCCCGCCCAGCCGCGGCUCACCCGUGCGCCAGUCCUUCCGCAAGGACUCGGGCUCCUCGUCCGUCUUCGCCGAAAGCCCCGGGGCCAAGACGCGUAGCGGCACCGGAGGCGCCUCUGGAGCCGGCGUGCCCCCAGCCGAGCUCUUUCCCGGGCCCGGGGAGCGCGCCCUUGUGGGUUUCGGGCCACCAGUGCCAGCCAAGGACGCGGAGACCAGGGAGCGCAUGGAAGCCAUGGAGAAGCAGAUUGCGAGCCUCACGGGCCUGGUGCAGAGCGCUCUCCUUCGGGGCUCGGAGCCUGAGACCCCCAGUGAGAAGAUUGAGGGCUCCAACGGGGCAGCCACACCCUCAGCACCGUGCGGAUCAGGCAGCCGCAGUAGCGGGGCUACCCCGGUGUCCGGCCCUCCCGCACCCUCGGCCGGCGGCGCCCCUGCGGAGAAGCCCACCGCGGUCAGCCGUCUGCAAAUGCAGCUGCACCUGCGCGGCCUGCAGAACAGCGCCAGCGACUUGCGCGGCCAGCUGCAGCAGCUGCGCAAGCUCCAGCUCCAAAACCAGGAGUCGGUGCGCGCGCUGCUGAAGCGCACGGAGGCGGAGCUGAGCAUGCGCGUGUCGGAGGCGGCCAGGCGGCAGGAGGACCCGCUGCAGCGACAGCGCACCCUGGUGGAAGAGGAGCGGCUGCGCUACCUCAACGACGAGGAGCUCAUCACUCAGCAGCUCAAUGACCUGGAGAGGUCCAUGGAAAGGAUCCAGCGGGACGCAUCGCACAGCCACCGGCUGGUGCCCGGCCCAGAGCUGGAGGAGAAGGCGCUGGUGCUGAAGCAGCUUGGGGAGACGCUGACGGAGCUCAAGGCUCACUUCCCGGGACUGCAAAGCAAGAUGCGCGUGGUGCUGCGUGUGGAGGUAGAGGCAGUGAAGUUCUUGAAGGAGGAGCCUCAACGCCUGGACGGGUUGCUCAAGCGCUGCCGCGGGGUCACCGACACGCUGGCCCAGAUCCGCAGGCAAGUGGACGAGGGAGUGUGGCCGCCCCCCAACAACCUCCUGAGUCAGUCCCCCAAGAAGGUAACAGCCGAGACAGACUUCAGCAAGGGUCUGGACUUCGACAUGCCACCCCCGAGUCCUCCGCUGAAUCUGCAUGAGCUGAGUGGCCCGGCUGAGGGGCCCCCACUCACCCCCAAGGGCGGCAACCCCAUCAAAGGCCUGGAUGCUCCUGGGAAGCGAAGUGCGGACAAGGCAGUGUCCGUGGAGGCUGCGGAGCGGGACUGGGAGGAGAAACGGGCAGCGCUGACCCAGUACAGUGCCAAGGACAUCAACCGGCUGCUGGAGGAGACGCAGGCUGAGCUGCUAAAGGCCAUCCCUGAUCUGGACUGUGCUGGCAAGGCUCCUCCAGGGCCAGCCCCCGCCCCGGACCACAAGCCCCCCAAGGCCCCCCAUGGCCAGAAGGCGGCGCCCCGCACGGACCCCAGUGGGAGGAGGGGCUCAGAUGAGCUGACAGUGCCCCGCUACCGCACGGAGAAGCCCUCCAAGUCGCCCCCACCACCCCCUCCCCGCCGCAGCUUCCCCUCUUCACAUGGCCUGACCACCACACGCACUGGGGAAGUGGUGGUCACCAGCAAGAAGGAUUCUGCCUUCAUCAAGAAGGCGGAGUCUGAGGAGCUGGAGGUGCAGAAGCCACAGGUGAAGCUGCGCAGGGCCGUAUCGGAAGUGGCCCGCCCGGCCUCCACGCCCCCCAUCAUGGCCUCAGCCAUCAAGGAUGAGGAUGAGGAGGACCGCAUCAUCGCUGAGCUGGAGGUGUUUGAGAGAAGCUCUGUCUCCUCCCUCCCCCCCACGCCCCGCCGCCAGCUGAUCCCCACAUUGCUGUCCCCCCAGGACCUGGGGCCCCCCAGGGGCUCGGCCCUGGGCCCCCUGCAGAAGUGGAGCCAGGCCAGCAUGGUGCUGCCCCCCUACCCCCCCCAGCCUGCACCCCACUUCCAGGCUGCCCCAGGAUCUCCGGCCUUCUGCGUCCCCCGGAUCGUCCUGACAGAGUGCACCCCGCCCCCUCCAGAAGCUGGGAGUGAAGAUCCAGGCCCCUACUUGGCCCCUAUGCCGAGACCCCGGACUUUGGCUGGCCCCAGGCCCCAGGCCUUGCCAGAGCUGGUGGCCACAGCCAGUUGGCCCAGGAGCAGCCCGAUGCCCAUGAAGGACAGGGCAGUCGGGAAGAGGCUGGCAAGAGCCACCUGUCCUCAGGCACCAGCCCUAGAUGGGACUCAGGAGACUCCCACAAUGGAGAUGUGUGCAAUGGAGACCCCCAGGAAUUUGGGUCCUGGGAUGCAAGCCUGCUGUGGGGAGCGGCCCUCAGGUGGCCCAGGCUGCGCGGUGCGGAGGGACAGCCUGGAAGAGACACUGCGGGAGCUGGAGGCCGCGCUGAACGAGCUGGCUGCAGCCCCUGCUGCUGCAGUAGCUCCUACUGCUCCCCACCUCCCACUCCCCAGAUCCCAGAGUGGCGGUGGCAGUGUGCCACCCAUGAAGGUGGUGACCCCUGGGGCCUCACGGCUGAAGGCGACCCAGGGCCAGGCAGGCAGCCCAGACAAAGGCAAGCACGGCAAGCAGCGGGCGGAGUACAUGCGGAUCCAGGCCCAGCAGCAGGCCAUUAAACCAUCUAAAGAGAUGAGCGGGUCGAAUGAGACCUCGAGCCCAGUGUCAGAAAAGCCCUCGGCUUCCAGAACCUCCAUUCCCGUAUUGACUUCCUUUGGGGCAAGGAAUUCUUCCAUCUCCUUCUAGAACCUUCUAGAAGCCCCUCACAUUCCCCCCCCCCAGCCCGUCUCCUCCUUCCUGCCAUCUCUCCCUACUCGUCUUCUCUUCAUCCCCCACACCCUGCCCUUUCCUGUGGGCCCUCCAGGGUCCCCACCACAUGGUCCUCUCCCUUGUUGGUGUUUUUGGUUUUGUUUUGUUUUUUUUAAUGAUUCACUUUUAAUUGUCUUUUUUAAAAAAGCAGAAUAGUACAACUAAAAACCAAACACACCACUUUCCCCAACUUCCUGUCCCUGAUGGCCUCUUCCUGUCAUUGUCUGUCCCUUCUCUCUCUCACGCUUUUCCCCAAAGUCCAUCCUGCAGCUCCUGCCCCAUCCCCCUGCCCGCCUUCCCCUCACCUGAGGAAACUCCAAACAAACUCUGAGCUUCGGAGACUUGGAGCAGCGAGAGAGCCUCCCCUUCUCUGCCACCGCUUCCUGGAGGAGCAUGAGGUCGGGGCCGCCCCAGCUUCCGGCUGGACCACGGGACUGGGGAUGGGGGCGACUCUGGCCUGGAGAUAUCCUGCUCCUCAGCCGAGCUGGGACCCGGCUGGAUGCUGCCGCUGCUCUGCUCCUUCCUGCCUUGCCCGGUGCACUUGGAGGCCAGAAAGACAGUGGGGAUCACAGAGGGACGAAGGCCGGCCCGACAGGGCCCAGGCUGGGUGUGCAGCUGUGGUGACCAGGCCUUGUGUCCCUGGAGGCCACUGCCGCGGGCAGAGCAGGAGGCGCUAGGGACACUGGAGUGGAGGGAGGUCUUGGGGACAGCCUGCCACCGGGCCAUGGGGCCUGAAGGAGCAUUCCUACUUUUAGUUUCUUAAUUUAGCACUUUAACACCAUUAACUUAUUCAGUGAGGGUGGGUGGGUGACAGAAGGGCCUGGCAGACUAGGUCUGGAGGCCUGAGGGUGGGAGGAAGAUGGGGAGCAAGGCCCGGGGCUUUGGGGGGCAGUGAGGACAGCUCUGACCCCACAGGUUGGGAUGGCCGGACUUCAGCAUCCUUUUUGUGACUUGAGGGCUUUCAGGGAGGGGUGUGACAUGGGGACCUGGUGAUUGUGAGGACAGGUCCUGGAGUGGAGGGGAAGGGGACCUUAGCUCUCUGGUGCUGGGGUCCCCAGGGCCAAAGGGAGGCGGGAGAGGAGGAGAUGGAGUGGUGCCCCAGAGGACAGGGUUCCAAGCUGGAGCACAAAGGUAGAGCAAGCACAGGGAGGGGACAUUGUCCCCGAAAGCACAGAAAGGAGGAGCCAUUAAGGGGACACAACCCUUGUCCCUGGGGGCCGGUGGAGGCCCCAGAAGCUGCUGAGCAUUGGGGAGGGGACCACGCUGUUUCUUCAUUCCUUUGGGAUUAUUUUUGGUUUCUGUUUGGUUGGUUCAUCCUUGUUUUCUAGCUUCGGACCAUUUUUGUACCAAGGCAAGUGAGCCUUUUUGAAAAAUAACAAAAGAAGAGGAAAAAAAAAUCCCUCCCAGAAAAAAAAAAAAAAAAUCACAAAAAAACCUAGAAAAUAGGGGAAAAAAAAAAAAAGGACCUCAUAAAUGAUGCAAUUACUUUUAAUUGCAGGCAACUCUUUACAUUUAAGUGAAGUGUCUUAACAUUUUAUAUUGUUUUAAAAAUAUAUUUACAUAUUAUAUAUAUAAUAUACGUAAUAUAAAUAUAUAUAAAUAUUUAAAAAGAAAAAAGGAACCCACGGCCCUCUCUCCCUGGCCGCUGUCUCAGCGGGGCCGGGGCCAGGGGACAGCAGCGGGCACGGUUGGGGCUGUCCAGGGAGGCAAUGGCGAUGCUUAGGUCGGGGACAGAGACCCGGCUCGGGAGGGGAGGGGGGAGUGGUGCCCCCUCCUCCCUCCCCCCAUGACUGCUUGCUGCUCUGCCUGCCCCCCUCCUCAGCGCUGUGACCUGAGUGCGUACCCUACUGUCAUUGUCCUCAGUUGAUGUCCCUGUGUGGGGGCGGGCAGGGCACGUCCAUCCUUGGGGCCCACCCCUCCCACUGCCCUGGAGUCCAGGGGGACCCGCAUCUUCCUCGCUUCAGCUCCUGCACACGAGCGGGCGGGGAGGCGCUUGCUUGCCACUGUGCAGCCUGGGUGUGUGCAGCUGUGUGCGUGUGUGCACCGGCCCAAGGCCUCAGCUGUGCGUGCAUUUGCAUGAGGUGUGUGUGCAUGGGGAUGGCCUGUGUGUGUGUGCGCGUGUGCGUGUGUGUGCGCGUGUGCGCACGCGUGCGCACGAAGGUACGUGUAAGCUGCUAAGGCACUGGCAGGUGCCUGCCUGCGUGUGCAUGAGAGGAGCUCUGCGCGUGAGAACACGGGUAGCGCGUGUGCAGCUGAGCGUGGCUUCCAGACACCUGUCACUCACGUGGGGGCUACAGGCGUGGACGCGGAGGCGCGAGGGAACUGUCUGUGGCUUUGUGUGUGGGCACGUGUGUGCUGGUGCAGACCACAGUGCGUGUGCAUGCGUGUGCGUGCGCGUCCCAUCACCCCCGCACCCCGCCUGACUCCCUUUCCGGUCCCCUGACUCCCCAAGCCCACAGCACGUCCGCACCCCGCUGCAUGCACCUCGCUGCCCCCCGCCCGUGUGUGCUUGACAGACACCCGGGUCGCCCACGCUGCUCCGCACAUGGGGCCUCUCGCCCGCCGCCCCAUGCUGCUCCCCGGAGCCCGCCCGGGGCUCUGCGCGUGGUCCCAGGCCCCGGGCCAGGCUCAGCGCCACCCUGCCCCGUCCACCCCGUAGGGACCGUGUUGGUGUAGCAGUGACAGCUUCUGUGGAUGUUCUGUGACCUCUGUCGGUGUAACUUGACAAUUUCUAAAUGGAAAAGGGUUGCUGUGUUUUCUGUCUCUUUUUCAACGUCCUUUUUUCUCCCCACCUCCCCGCUCUCUUUCCUUUUCGGUUUUUCUA